UUAUCGCUAAUCCCGAGCCGCGCUGAGGCUGAGCUGGGCGGAGGUCCCCCGGCGAGGCGACGACGAGUGCGCGGUGACGCGAGCGCAAAAGUACAAAGCUUUGACACGCACCCGCUCCUACUCCCUCCCCGCAAAGAACACCGCGCACACAGCACAGCAAGCCACAGAGGAAAAGGAGGGGCGGACGCAGAGAGGCGAGGAGACCCGGGGAAAGAGUCGCCGGCCGGGGCCAGGAGCGGAGCGGAACGGAGACGAGGACCCCAACUGGCGGAGGAAAAGGAAGGCUCUCCUCCGGUCGCUUCGCCCGCAAGGCAUCCCGUCCCGCCGGCCAGCCACCGGGCGAGGUGCCAGGGUUCGGAGGGUUUUGCUGUUCCUCAGUUCUUGCGGGGGGAUUAUUUGGUUGCGGGUUUGACCUCUCUUGGUUUGGAGUUGGUAGCAGCGAAGUGGUGGCUCUUCCUGUCUAAUGUCGUCUGAUGCAAACGUUGGUUUGGUAGGCAUGGUGUGGUGAAUGUAUCCUCGAUACAUGGUAUUCGCUGAAGGAAACUUGAGCUCCUCUGCUCCUAGUACUACACGUCCUGGAUUUAGAGGACAAAAGCUCUGUGAACACUAAGCUUGAGAAUGGAGUUGGCAAAUUCUGUUGAAUAAACUAGCCAAAUAGUCUUCUUUAUAUUCAUCUUCGUCAAUAAAAGAAAGAAUUUUUUACUGCCAUCUUUCCUGCUUCGAUGGAAGUUCUUGGUAGUAAUGGUCACAGCGAAACAAGAAUACAGGAUGCUGAAAAUCCAGGACCAGUUUCUGUUAAGAGUCCAGAUAUGUCCUUGGAAAUCCAAGAAAAGUUACCUCACACUUUGACAGAGCGCCAAGAAGAAUUGGGGUCCCCUGUAGGCCACACUGUGAGUUCGUCAUUCGAAAUGCUAUCCCACAUAGGACCAGCUCGGGCAUCUGAUGAUUCGUCAAAGGAGGAGGGAGAUCAUGCUUCUUUAACAAAUAAGACUGAAGUGAAAAACAUAUCUGAAAAUGGUUUUACCAGAGCAAAUACAACGCCAACAGCUGAAGUUAAAUCUAAAGAAGACAAUACGAAUUAUCACAAGAACAAUGCCGUCGCCCAAGACAAUAUAGUAAAAUCAGAAAAGGGAUCUGAAGGCUCAUACAGAAGUCUUGUUGACACUACUGCACCGUUUGAGUCUGUUAAAGAAGCUGUCACCAAAUUUGGAGGAAUUGUUGAUUGGAAAGCCUACAGGGCUCAAUCGUUAGAGAGACGCAGGGUCAUGCAACUUGAACUUGAAAAGGUUCAGCAGGAGAUUCCACAAUUCAAAGAAGACUGGGAAACUGCUGAGGUGGCCAAAUCAAACGUGAUGGAGGAGCUAGACAGAACUAACAGGCUUGUCGAGGAGCUGAAGCAUAAGCUGGAGAGGGCACAGCUUGAAGUGGACCAAGCAAAGCAAGAUUCUGAACUCGCCCUGCUUAGGGCACAAGAGAUGGAACAGGGGAUUGAAGAUGAAGCUAGUGUAAUAGCCCAAACACAGUUGACAGUUGCCAAAGGAAGACAUGAAAAGGCUGUUGAGGAACUGAAAUUGCUGAAAGAGGAGUUGAUAUCAAUGCAUGAACAAUAUGCUGACUUAGCAACUGAAAGGGAUGUAGCAAUAAAAAGGGCUAAGGAAGUUGUUUCUGCUGCGAAGGAUGCUGAGAAGCAAGUCGAGGAGCUCACUUUAGAACUUAUUGCAUCCAAAGAGUUUCUUGAGUUAGCCCAUGGUUCGCACCACGAAGCUGAAGAGCAUAGACUUGGAGCAGCUUUGGCGAAAGAGCAGGAUUGCCUGGCUUGGGAGAAAGAGCUGCAGCAGGCACAAGAGGAGCUGGACCAGCUCAAUAAACAAAUUAUGUCCAAAACUAAUUUGGAGGCCGAAGUUGAUGAAAAUAAGCGCAAACUGCUUAGCCUCAAAAGUGAGCUAGCUGCCUACAUGGGUCAUAAAUUGAACGAAGUAGCAGGAGUGGUCCAGGAGCAAGGUUCUGACGAAGCAAAAGAAAUCAGUAGGUCAAUCAAGCAAGCUCUGGUUUCAAAAAGAAAGGAGCUUGAUGAAUACAGAAAGAAGUUAGAAAAUGCAAAAAAUGAAGCCAACUUAAUAAGAGUUAUUGCAGAAUCACUCAGAUCAGAGCUUGAUAGGGAGAAAGCUUCACUUGCUACAUUGCAGCAGAGUGAGGGUAUGGCAUCCAUCACAGUUUCUUCUCUAGAAGCUGAGCUCGAGAGAACGAAACAACAGAUAGAAAUGGUACGCAAGAAAGAAGCAGAAACCCGGGAAAAAAUGGCAGAGCUUCCGAGGAUGUUGCAGCAAGCAGCCCAGGACGCAGAUGAUGCCAAGAUGGUAGCGCAUUUGGCACAAGAAGAACUAAGGAAGGCCAAGGAAGAAGCUGAACAAACCAAGGCUGCUGCGACAACUGCAGAUAUCAGGUUACGUGCAGUUUUGAAAGAAAUAGAGGCGUCGAAAGCAUCUGAGAGGCUAGCUGUAGUGGCAGCUCAAGCAAUGCAGGAGAGUGAGGAGACAGGAAGUUUUGGUGAUUCUCCUAGAGGAGUAACACUUCCUAUAAAUGAAUAUCAUGCUCUGAGCAAGAGGGUUCAUGAAGCUGAAGAGGUUGCAAAUGAGAGGGUAGCAGCAGCUUUGGCACAGAUAGAGUUGGCAAAAGAGUCUGAAUCAAGGAGCCUAGAGAAGCUAGGUGAAGCAUUGAAGGUGAUUGAUGAAAAGAAGAGUGAUCUUCAAAUCGCGUUGGAGAGGGCUGAGAAGGCAAAUGAAGGGAAACUUGGCGCUGAGCAGGAGCUGAGAAGAUGGAGAGCUGAACAUGUGCAACGUCGGAAAGCCCAUGAAGCUACAAAACAUGCAGAUAGUCCUGUGAGCACUCCAUCGAGGAUGUUUGUCGAGCACAAGGGCUAUUACCAGGAGGAAGAUGAAUUUCUCACAGAUCCAAAGUUGCACAAGUCAACUGGUAGUGUGGAUCAAUUUGUUUCGGAUGAGAAGUUACGGAAAAAGAAGUCAUUCCUCCCUCAGAUGUCCACACUUUUGUCUAGAAAGACACAGACACAAACAUAAAUUGAUUGCGGAAAAAAGUUAAACCUUUGUGAAAUGUACAUGGUGUAAAGUUAAGUUUAUUGUCUAUAACCUGUAAAUUGUUUGACACUUAAAUAUUGUAUGUCUUUGUAUGAUGUUUUUGGAGAGUAUGUUACUCAAAUCUUGCUUUGGUUUA